AUGUCUUCGCUCAAAAUCCGCGAUUCCGCCUUAAACUCCAUUAAGCGACAUUUGCAGUCGAGUAAAGCAGAUGUGCUUUCGGUGGACGUCGAAGUGCUUUCCACGCAUCUACAAUUAUUGGAAGAGCAGUGGGUUCGUUUUUGCGAAGCUCAACAAGAAGUGGAGCUGUCAUGUGGCGACGAGAACGCUCCUAUGGAGGAACAAUCGCGCAUACAAUGCGAGGAGUGGUACAUAACUGCUAAGGCCAACUUUAAACGGCUUAUGUCAUCGCACAUACAACCACCACCGCAUAAUCCUGUUCCGGUUGCACAUGCAUCCACGUCGCUGCCAAAGAUGCAGUUGCCCUCGUUUUGUGGUGAUCCUAAGAAAUGGUUAUCCUUCCACGACUCAUUUUGUUCGUUGGUUAACGCGAACGCAACCCUGUCGGAUGGGCAAAAACUGCAGUAUCUGCGUAACUGCUUGAAAGGUGAAGCACUUAAUUUGGUGAGUAGUUUGUCAGUGUGUGACAGUAAUUAUCGUGAGGCAUGGGACUUGUUGACCUCAAGGUACAAGGUCAUACGAGUCAUGGUGGACAGUCACAUACGGGCUCUGUCAUCUAUAGAAAAGGCGAGCAAAGACUCCGCUAAGGCAAUCAAGCACGUACUUAAUGCUACAUUGCAGCACAUCGGUGCGCUACGCGCGCUUGGUCGACCAACCGAGUUCUGGGAUGACUGGCUCAUCCACCUAACUGUAUCCAAAUUAGCAUACGAAACCCGCAAACAAUGGGAAUUGUCGCUUGUGGCUGACGAGUUACCGUCGUUUAACGCUCUUCGUGAAUUUCUAGAAACUCGUGCACGCUCUUUGGAGAUGCUACCGCUUGCGCCUGCCAACACGAAGGUAGUUGCGAAGAAUGUUCUACACACAACAUGUAGCCAAGGAGAAGCAUGCGACGUCGGCAAGGCGUCUGCUUGCGCUUAUUGCAGUGGCGACCACAAAAUAUACGUUUGCUCAAAGUUUAGCCGACUCGACGCAAAUAGUAAACUUUCUGCCAUCAAAUCUCAAGGUGCUUGCCUAAACUGCCUUAGCAAAGGGCACUUUCUUGCGAAAUGUCGCAGUUCAUCAUUGUGCCGCAUGUGUCGGCAACGCCAUCACACGCUGUUGCACGCAAGUUUCAACAACCAACAGGAAUCAACCGCUACGAACGCAACAAGCCAGCACGUUAGUGUCACGUCACAUUACGCUGAUGCUGAUCGUGUCACUUUGUUGGCAACCGCCGCAGUCUUAGUACAAGACGACGCUGGUCGUUGGCAACCAGCUCGCGCCCUCCUCGAUAACGGCUCGCACGCCUCAUUCAUAACUGAGGCCUGCGCUCAACGACUUCGACUUCCCAGACGAUCUUCAUCCGCUUACGUCACAGGUAUAGGGGCUACCCAAGGUGGCCGUACAAAGGGAGAAGUAACCCUACGCAUAUCACCGCGAUCAUUAGGCGCAAACUUCCAAGCGCAAGCGGUAGCAUCUCUAAAGAGCGUGCACGAGUUUCUAGAAAUUCACGAAGAGCGUUAA